GCCUCGGGGGCGCCUUCAUUCGGGCCCCUUCAGCCGCCGCGCAGAGGAAGGGCCGGUCAGCGCCGCCUGAGGGACGCGCUCAGAACGCUUAAUGAAAGAAGAGAGCCUGUCAACAUGGGGUCUGUGUGGGAGUGCGGUUAGACAGCCAGCUUUGACGACCUAAUGCAACUUGCAUGGCAAUAUGAAACAAAAGGCCAAGAUGAAGUACCUUAUUAGUGCUUUGGGAAUGAAAGCCUUCUGUGGGACUCGGCUAAGUUGCGUCCGUGCAAACAAACAGCCUUUCUCUGAAGGAUCUUAAAAUGAAGACCUGAAAUGCUGACGAAGCAAAGAGUCUUUUGGUCUCUGAAGAACCUGACAGUGGUGCACAGGUACCCAGCAAAGUCUACUAAAUAAUCUGAAGAAUCUCAUGAUUGCUGCAGAAAGAUGGCUGCAAGCUGGGUGUUCCAUGGUCUGUGGCUUUUGGCUGUUCUGAUAGGAUGCACAGGUGGCCACAGCCAGUUCUCAUGUGAGCCCAUCAUCUUGAGGAUGUGCCAGGAUCUUCCUUACAACACCACUUUUAUGCCUAACCUUUUGAACCAUUAUGAUCAGCAAACAGCAGCUCUAGCAAUGGAGCCAUUCCACCCAAUGGUGAACCUUGAAUGUUCCCGGGACUUUCGACCAUUCCUGUGUGCACUCUAUGCUCCUGUUUGCAUGGAGUAUGGCAGAGUCUCCCUCCCAUGUCGCAGAAUUUGCCAGCGAGCGUACAGUGAGUGUUCAAAACUCAUGGAGAUGUUUGGUGUGUCUUGGUCAGAGGAUAUGGAGUGCAGCAGGUUCCCAGAUUGUGACGAGCCUUACCCUCGCCUUGUCGAUCUCAAUGUAGUUGGGGAAGCAACGGAAGAAGCGCCAGUGGCAGUGCAAAGAGAUUACGGCUUCUGGUGCCCCCGAGAGUUGAAAAUCGACCCAGAUCUGGGCUACACAUUCCUGCGGGUACGGGACUGUUCCCCUCCUUGCCCGAAUAUGUAUUUCAGGCGUGAAGAGCUCUCUUUCGCACGAUACUUCAUUGGCGUGAUCUCCAUUGUCUGCCUUUCGGCCACCUUGUUUACUUUCUUGACUUUCUUGAUUGACGUCACGAGGUUUCGCUACCCGGAAAGGCCCAUCAUCUUUUAUGCCGUCUGUUACAUGAUGGUGUCGCUCAUUUUCUUCAUUGGCUUUCUGCUAGAGGACCGGGUGGCCUGCAAUGCCUCCAGCCCCACCACGUACAAGGCUUCCACGGUGACUCAGGGCUCCCACAACAAAGCGUGCACGAUGCUUUUCAUGGUGCUCUAUUUCUUUACCAUGGCCGGGAGCGUCUGGUGGGUGAUCCUUACCAUUACUUGGUUCCUGGCAGCUGUGCCAAAGUGGGGCAGCGAAGCCAUUGAGAAAAAAGCCCUCCUCUUCCACGCCAGUGCGUGGGGCAUCCCAGGGACCCUCACCAUCAUCCUCCUAGCGAUGAACAAAAUCGAAGGCGACAACAUCAGCGGCGUGUGCUUUGUUGGCCUCUAUGACGUGGAUGCCUUGAGGUACUUUGUCCUCGCUCCCCUCUGCCUCUAUGUGGUCGUUGGGGUUUCUCUGCUACUCGCCGGCAUCAUCUCUUUAAAUCGGGUUCGUAUUGAAAUUCCUCUAGAGAAGGAGAACCAGGACAAGCUGGUGAAAUUCAUGAUCCGGAUCGGAGUCUUCAGCGUCCUCUACCUCGUGCCACUCUUGGUUGUGAUUGGCUGCUAUUUCUAUGAGCAAGCUUACCGGGGUGUGUGGGAGACGACGUGGAUACAGGAACGGUGCAAAGAAUAUCACAUACCCUGCCCUUAUCAGGUCACGCAGAUGAGUCGUCCAGACUUGAUCCUCUUUCUGAUGAAGUAUCUGAUGGCUCUGGUGGUUGGGAUUCCAUCUGUCUUCUGGGUUGGAAGUAAAAAGACCUGCUUUGAAUGGGCCAGCUUCUUCCAUGGGCGCAAGAAAAAAGAGGUUGUGAACGAGAGCCGGCAAGUGCUUCAGGAGCCUGAUUUUGCUCAGUCUCUCUUGAGAGACCCCAACACACCCAUAAUCCGCAAGUCCAGAGGCACCUCCACCCAAGGGACGUCUACCCAUGCUUCCUCUACCCAGCUGGCUAUGAUGGACGACCAGAGAAGCAAAGCAGGCAGCGUCCAUAGCAAAGUCAGCAGCUACCACGGCAGCUUGCAUCGGUCACGGGAUGGCAGUUACCGCGGGAUUGAAGACCGACUACCUCACGGCAGCAUGUCCCGACUGACGGACCACUCCAGGCACAGCAGUUCCCACCGGCUCAACGACCAGUCGCGUCACAGCAGCACCAGGGACCUCAGCGGCAACCCGGUGACCCACAUCACGCACGGCACCAGCAUGAACCGGGUGAUUGAAGAGGACGGUACUAGCGCUUGAUCUUUGUUCCAUGAGCAGUGCUCGUUCCAUUUCAGUUCAACAGAACUCAGUCUUAGCCCUUUCUGUUAGGUGCUAAGCUUGCCCCGGUGAAACCUAACCAGCUGGUGCCUUUUCCCCCUAGCCAGCAAUUUCUCAGAAACAUUUUAUCUCAGCAAAGGUAUGCUGCUCGAUCGAGUCUACAAGCAAAACGGUUUCUGGUACUUGACUCCUCGAUGCAAACUUUAUUUAUUAUGCUUGACAACUGGAAUUUCUUAGCGCUGUUUUUUAAUUGUAUGCUUCUUUAAGAGAUAU